AUGCAGAUUUUUGUGAAAACUCUAACUGGGAAGAAAAUCACCCUUGAGGUCGAGAGCUCUGAUACUAUUCACAAUGUCAAGGCUAAGAUUCAAGAUAAGGAAGGCAUUCCACCAGACCAGCAACAUUUGAUUUUUGCUGGUAAACAGUUGGAAGAUGGAAGAACUUUAGCUGACUACAACAUCCAUAAAGAGUCUACUCUUCAUCUUGUUCUACGUCUUCGGGGUGGUAUGCAGAUCUUUGUAAAGACCUUGACUGGGAAAACUAUCACUUUGGAGGUGGAGAGCUCUGACACUAUUGACAACGUGAAAGCCAAGGUCCAGGACAAAGAGGGCAUUCCUCCAUAUCAGCAAAGGUUGAUUUUUGCUGGAAUGCAGCUCGAGGAUGGUCGUACACUCGCCGACUAUAACAUUCAGAAGGAGUCUACUCUUCACCUUGUCCUUCGUCUCCGAGGUGGCAAUCAUUAG